AUGGCUGAUGACUUUCGUCUAAUUUGUAAUAUCCAGUUUUUCCUUCUAUUUAGUAGGCAAGGAAAAGUUCGCCUACAAAAAUGGUAUUUAUCGUACCCUGAUAAAGAGAAGAAAAAGAUAAUACGUGAUAUAAUAUCUGUGGUUCUAAAUAGAAGGCCAAAGAUGUGCUCAGUUUUGGACUGGCGUGACAAAAAAGUUGUUUAUCGGAGGUAUGCCAGCCUUUACUUUUGUUGUGCAGUUGAAUUGGAGGACAAUGAAUUGAUUGCUCUUGAAAUUAUGCAUCGAUAUGUUGAGAUACUGGAUCGCUAUUUCGGAAGCGUUUGCGAACUCGAUAUCAUCUUCCACUUUGAGAAGGCCUACUACGUGCUGGAUGAGUUAGUGCUUUGUGGUGAAAUGCAGGAGACAAGUAAGGACGGUAUUCUGCGGGACGUUGAUGCACAGGACUUGCUUCAAGAGGUACGUUGA